GCAGGCGGUCCCGGCGAGGCGGGAGGAGGCUGGGGCCGAGGGAGGGUCUUCGCCCUCCCCCCACCCCCAGCCUUGUUUCCGGAGCCAGCGCUGGAGCUUUGUGAAGAUGCAGGCGUCGGGGCUGCUCGGCGAUGAUGACAUCAUCGUGUCACACACAGGAGCCCGCGGCCGAGGGGUUUAGGAGAAGAGCCGAUCGGACCUCACCGGUGCUCAGGCUCCCACUCUCGGCCCCGGGCAGAGCCGCGCGCACACUUGGGCGCGCGCCGGCCACCCUUGCGCGCACACAUCCGCGGCGCUCGCCCACCGGGCCCGGGCUGCUCCUCGCCGCCGCCACCACGGAUGCCCGCAGCUGGUCCCCUCUGCAGUGCAGCAGCCCCGGCCGCCGGCCGGCCCGCCCCGGGCUCCCGGCUGGAGGAUCGCGCCAGGACGCUGGCCCCGCUCGCAGCUAGCCUGCGCGCCAGGGCACAGCGACGAUGGGAGGGUCGCAGUCCCUGCAGCCAGCCCCAGCCAGCGACCUGAACCAGGAGGCUUCCGAGGCAAUGAGCUCGGACUCUGAAGAAGCAUUUGAGACCCCGGAGUCAACAACUCCUGUCAAAGCUCCACCAGCCCCGCCCCCACCACCCCCUGAAGUCAUCCCAGAACCCGAGGUCAGCGCACAACCACCCCCGGAAGAACCAGGAUGUGGUUCUGAGACGGUCUCCGUUCCCGAUGGCCCCCGGAGUGACUCGGUGGAAGGAAGUCCUUUCCGUCCUCCGUCCCAUUCCUUCUCUGCCGUCUUCGAUGAAGACAAGCCGAUAGCCAGCAGUGGGACUUACAACUUAGACUUUGACAACAUCGAGCUGGUGGAUAACUUUCAGACCUUGGAACCUCGCGCCUCCGACGCUAAGAAUCAGGAGUGCAAGGCGAACACGCGGAGGAAGUCCACGGAUUCUGUCCUGAUCUCCAAGUCUACGCUGUCCCGCUCCCUUAGCCUGCAAGCCAGUGACUUUGAUGGUGCUUCUUGCUCAGGCAAUCCCGAGGCCGUGGCCCUCGCUCCAGAUGCGUACAGCACGGGUUCCAGCAGUGCUUCCAGCACCCUUAAGCGAACUAAAAAGCCGAGGCCGCCUUCCUUAAAAAAGAAACAGACCACUAAGAAACCCACAGAAACCCCCCCGGUGAAAGAGACGCCCCAGGAGCCAGCCGAGGAGAGUCCUGUUGCCAGUGAGGAGAAUCUGGCGUCUGAGACAAAAACAGAAUCAGCCAAGACGGAAGGUUCUGGCCCAGCCUUAUCGGAGGAGACACCCCUAGAGCCUGCUGCUGUGCCCAAAGCUGCCUGCCCCCUGGACGCAGAGAGUGCAGAAGGGGCCAUCCCCCCGGCUUCCGGAGGAGGCAGAGUGCAGAACUCGCCACCCGUCGGAAGGAAAACGCUGCCUGUUACCACGGCCCCAGAGGCAGUGGAGGUGACCCCGUCAGAUAGCGGGGGGCAGGAGGACUCCCCAGCCAAGGGGCUGUCAGUGAGGCUGGAGUUUGACUAUUCUGAGGACAAGGGUAGUUGGGACAACCAGCAGGAAAACCCCCCUUCUACCAAAAAGACAGGCAAAAAGCCGGUUGCCAAAAUGCCCCUAAGGAGGCCAAAGAUGAAAAAGACACCCGAGAAACUUGACAACACUCCUGCCUCACCUCCCAGGUCCCCCGCUGAACCCAAUGACAUCCCUAUUGCUAAAGGUACCUAUACCUUUGAUAUUGACAAGUGGGAUGACCCCAAUUUUAACCCUUUUUCUUCCACCUCAAAAAUGCAGGAGUCUCCCAAACUGCCCCAACAAUCAUACAACUUUGACCCAGACGCCUGUGACGAGUCUGUUGACCCCUUUAAGACGUCCUCUAAGACCCCCAGCUCACCUUCUAAAUCCCCAGCUUCCUUUGAGAUCCCAGCCAGUGCUAUGGAAACCAAUGGAGUGGAUGGGGACGGGCUGAACAAGCCCGCCAAGAAGAAGAAGACGCCCCUGAAGACUGACACCUUUAGGGUGAAAAAGUCGCCAAAACGGUCUCCUCUCUCUGAUCCACCUUCUCAGGACCCUACUCCAGCCGCCACACCAGAAAGCCCACCAGUCAUCUCCGCGGUGGUCCAUGCGACAGACGAGGAAAAGCUGGCGGUCACCAGCCAGAAGUGGACAUGCAUGACGGUAGACCUGGAGGCUGACAAACAGGACUACCCGCAGCCCUCAGACCUGUCCACCUUUGUCAACGAGACCAAAUUCAAUUCACCCACGGAGGAGUUGGAUGAUUACAGAAACUCCUAUGAAAUCGAAUAUAUGGAAAAAAUUGGCACCUCCUUACCUCAGGACGAUGACGCCCCGAAGAAGCAGGCCUUGUACCUUAUGUUUGACACUUCUCAGGAGAGCCCCGUCAAGUCUCCUCCCGUCUGCGUGUCGGAGUCCCCGACGCCGUGUUCAGGGUCAAGCUUCGAGGAGACUGAAGCCCUUGUGAAUGCUACGGCAAAAAUCCAGCAUCCGGUCACACGAGGGCUGGCCCCCAACCAAGAGCCACACUUGCAGGUGCCGGAGAAACCCUCCCAGAAGGAGCUGGGGGCCAUGACCUUGGGCAACCCCUCAGAGGCGAUCGAAAUUACAGCUCCCGAGGGUGCCUUUGCGUCUGCUGACGCCCUGCUCAGCAGGCUCGCUCGCCCCGGCUCCCUCUGUGGUGCACUUGACUACCUGGAGCCCGACUUAGCAGAAAAGAACCCCCCAGUAUUCGCUCAGAAACUCCAGGAGGAGUUAGAGUUUGCCGUCAUGCGGAUAGAAGCCCUGAAGCUGGCCAGGCAGAUUGCGCUGGCUUCCCGCAGCCGCCAGGACGCCAAGAGAGAGGCGGCUCACCCAACAGAUGUCUCCAUCUCCAAAACAGCCCUGUACUCCCGCAUCGGGACCGCUGAGGUGGAGAAACCUGCAGGCCUCCUGUUCCAGCAGCCCGACUUGGACUCCACACUCCAGAUGGCCAGGGCAGAGAUCAUAACGAAGGAGAGAGAGGUGACGGAGUGGAAAGACAAAUACGAAGAAAGCAGGCGGGAGGUGAUGGAAAUGAGGAAAAUAGUGGCCGAGUAUGAGAAGACCAUCGCUCAGAUGAUAGAGGACGAACAGAGGGAGAAGUCGGUCUCCCACCAGACGGUGCAGCAGCUGGUCCUGGAGAAGGAGCAGGCGCUGGCUGACCUGAACUCCGUGGAGAAGUCUCUGGCCGACCUUUUCAGGAGAUACGAGAAGAUGAAGGAGGUCCUGGAAGGCUUCCGCAAGAACGAAGAGGUGCUGAAGAGGUGCGCGCAGGAGUACCUGUCCCGAGUGAAGAAAGAGGAGCAGAGGUACCAGGCUCUGAAGGUGCACGCAGAGGAGAAACUGGACAGGGCCAAUGCCGAGAUCGCCCAGGUCCGAGGCAAGGCCCAGCAGGAGCAGGCCGCCCACCAGGCCAGCCUGCGGAAGGAGCAGCUGCGAGUGGACGCCCUGGAGAGGACGCUGGAGCAGAAGAAUAAAGAGAUAGAGGAGCUCACGAAGAUUUGUGACGAACUGAUUGCCAAGAUGGGGAAAAGCUAACUCUGAACCAAAUGUUUGGACUUGACCGUUGCGUGCAAUAUGACCGUCGGCACACUGCUGUUCCUCCGAUCACGUGGACAGGUUCUGUUUUCACUUUUUCGUAUGCACUACUGUAUUUCCUUUCUGAAUAAAGUUGAUUUGAUUGUAUGCAGUACUAAGGAGACUAUCCGAACCUCUUGCUAUUGGUUUGCAUUUUCCUAGUAUAAUUCAUAGCAAGUUGACCUCAGAGUUCCUGUAUCAGGGAGAUUGUCUGAUUCUCUAAUAAAAGACAAAUUGCUGGCCUUGGCCUUGCCCUUUGUACACAAGUCCCCAGGGUGAGCAGCUUUUGGAUUUAAUAUGAACAUGUACAGCGUGCAUUGGGACUCUUGCCUUAAGGAGUGUACACUUGAUCUGCAUUUGCUGAUUUGUUUUUAAAAAAAAAUGCAUGUUUCAAAUAAAAUUCUCUAUUGUAAAUAAACUUUUUUCUUUGGAUCUUGGCAAUAA